AUGGCGCCAAACCCCUUCAAAUUCUUUCUUUCUCAAUCCAUCACUGGUUUCGGAAACAACAAGUCACAUGCCCAAGCUGGCUACUCGGACUUGGGAGUUCCACUUUGUCCUCCGACUCCUUACUUCGGACCAUCGCCCACCGCGCAACAAUGCGAUCCCAAAGCCAGCCCUAAGCACGAAGUUCUCCUCGAACGAUUCGGCAAGAUCAGACGCUGGACCAAGAUCGCCUCCGCUCUUUCGCACUUUAUAUCGGGACUUUUGUCUAUUUUCAUGGAGUCUGCUAUGUUCUAUGUCACCUACAGAUUCUACAAGACGAAGGACAUCACGACCGAAGAUCGUCCUUGGGGUCCCUGGCCUCAAGAGACAAAGCUAUGGCCGACAUUUAUGCUCGCUGCGGCCUCGGUUGUGACUUCUCUCUUAGCAUUGGCGUUCUUGAUAGCGCUAUGCUGUCGAUCGAAGCGCAAGGCCGCGGCCUUCAGUCUUCUUUACGUCCUGGUACAUAUUGUCGGUUGGGUUGUCAUUUCGGCAUUGUAUAGGAUUGGAAAAAGCGACAAUGAUCUUUGGGGCUGGAGCUGCACCGACCAGGCCAAGGAAAUUCAAAAUCAAUUAGGCAGUGAUGUGUUGAAUUUCGAGAGCUUGUGCAAGCUGCAGGGCUCAUCAUGGGAAGUCUCGAUUGCUGAGGUCGGUUUCAAGAUCCUUACUUCCGGAAUAUCGUUCUAUUUCAAUCACAAGCAGAAAGGGUUGAAAUCGAAGAUGGUGGAGAAUAUGGGAUAA